AUGCGAGCGUGGCCGAUGGAGAUAAGAGGUUGGUCCUCCUUAGACUGCUAUAUGUUGGCUAAAAUAUUGGCGAAGGCCUUCGAGAUCCACCGGAAGAUCGACGAGGACUGCUAUACGUUGGCUAAAAUAUUGGCGAAGGCCUUCGAGAUCCACCGGAAGAUCGGCGAGGGCACCUUCAGCUCGGUCUACCUUGGCUCCAUAAAGCAGGAUGCGAGCGUGGCCGAUGGAGACAAGAGAUGGUUCGCCAUCAAACAUCUAGUGCCGACCACGCAUCCCACAAGGGUGGCGCAUGAGCUGCGCUGUCUAAGGGACAUCGGCGGUAAGAACAAUGUGAUCGGAGUGGAGCUGUGCCUUCGAAACCUGGAUCACGUCGUCUUCAUUAUGCCCUACAUACCGCAUCAGAAGUUUUCGGAAUACGUUGGCGAUAUGGAGGCCGACGAGCUGCGACAAUACAUGCGCGCACUCUUAACCGCACUGCGACACGUGCACACGUUCGGCGUCAUACAUCGAGACGUGAAGCCGAGCAACUUCCUAUACGACCGCGAGCGGCGGCGCUACGCGCUGGUGGACUUCGGCCUGGCGCAGCACACGGCGGUGCCCGCGCAGCCGCCGCUCGCGCAGCCGCCGCCCGCGCAUCAACACCUGAAGCGGACGCGGGACGACGACUCCGUCCUGCCGGGCGCCAAGCGCAUGGCGCUGGACCUGUGCGUGCGGCGCGCGGCCCACUCGCCCGCACCCGCACCCGCACCCGCUCCCGUACUCGCGCCCACGCACGGCUGCGCGUGCGCCGGCGCGGGCGGCGUGUGCGGCGAGUGCGCCGUGUGGACGCCGCCGCGCGCCAACCGCGCCGGCACGCAGGGCUUCCGACCGCCCGAGGUGUUCUUCAAGUACCCGUACCAGAGCACGGCGGUGGACAUGUGGGCGGCGGGCGUCAUCCUGGCCAGCGCCCUGUCCGGCCGGUACCCCUUCUUCCGCGCCACCGACGACCUGACCGCCCUGGCGGAGAUCACGGAGCUGCUGGGCACAGAGGCGCUGCAGCGGACCGCAAGGGCGCUAGGCUGCCGCCUGGUGACGUCGACGCACCGCCACGGGCUCUGCCUGCGCAAGCUGUCGGCGCGGCUGCGCGGCGCGCGGCCCGGGCCCGGGCCCGCCGCGCCCGCCUGCGCCAAGUGCAGGCGGCGCAACGCGGGCUGCGUCUGCCGAGACGACACGCCGGCGUACACGCACGACCCGCUGCGGUCCGUGUGCGGGUUCCCCGACGCAGCGUUUGCGUUGGCGGCGCGGCUGCUGGAGCCCGACCCGCGCGCGCGCAUCACCGCCGCCGAGGCGCUGCGGCACCCCUUCCUGGCGGAGCCCCUAUAGCCAGCCCGAUACGUCGGCAAACCCGGUAGCCCGACGAGGACGUCCAUAGGAAAAUAAUAUAAAGGUGAAAUAGAUUAGUUAGUUAAUAAUAUAUAAGGUAUUCUUUGAUAUGGCAAAGUAUGGGAAAGCCACCUUACAUUGAAUGUGUAUGUAUUGACAUUUUCCUGAUUUUAAAAUCCCGCCCAUGAUGCCGGCGUGCGCGAUAGAGAUAGUAAUAGGUGUGAGAGUCAGGAUGGCGGGUGUACCUAAAUAAAAAUAAACAAAAAGCAUACCAUAUUUUUGUAUCAAAUUUUUUAUUAAAUUUAGUACCUCAUUUAAAAAGAAUUACCUCCAGGUUAUUACCAAACAACAGUACUAUUAGUACAUUUCACUCAUUAGUACUUUACUUAUUCCUGACGUUAUAUACAUGAUUGAAAAAGGGUUUUCUUAGGAAGAAUCUCUCGACACGGGGCCUGGCUUUUUUAAAGAUAUGAUUUACUGAGUUAAUUAAACUAACCAAAUUAAACGUAUAUUAAUUCCUGACGUUAAAAAUAAUUAUACCAAAGCAUUUUUCCUUAAAAAUGAAAUCGGUAAGGUGUAGCAAUGUGAAAAGUUAAACUUGAAAACCACAAAUAUAAUGCCUCAAUUUAUUUUUAAAUCUAUAAUUGAUGAAGAUACAAAAUUGGUACACAAAUAUGUUUUUUAUAGAAUUUACCAAUAAUAGCGGGAUCAUUGCGUAUGAAUGAAUGAAUGAAAUACUUUAUUGCGAUAAAAUACACCCGCCGUUCUCACUGUCAGAAUGGCGGGUGUAUUGUUUUUCGGUAAUAACUGGAAGUACCGAGAGGUACUAUUUUUAAGUAAGUAAAUAUUCUUUAUUGUGCACCAUACAUUUAAAAAUAGUCAGGAAAUGAAAAAACACGUAAAAGUUAGGUAACAACAGGCGGUCUUAUCGCUAAGAAGCGAUCUCUUCCAGACAACCUUUGGGUAGCAGGAAACUAUGGACUUACAACAUUGAACGGGUAGUGCCGAUAUACAUAUAAUAUAUCAUCAUAUAUCAUAUAUAUAUCUUCAUAUUUUUAUGAAGGAUAUAUGCUUUUUAUUUAUUUUUAUUUAGAUACACCCACCAUCCUUACUCUCACGAACCGGCGGGUCACUGUACGAAAUUCAUCUUCGUAUAUUAUACAACAUUAAUUCAAAAAAAUUAUCCCACUAUUGUAUAGUGGUACUGACCCCCUGCCCAAAAGUUAAAAAAGUUGAACCAUCUAAAUAAGAUGUAAAAAGCUUAGCUGGGUCCAAUUAUGUGGGGUGUCGUUUUUGCGACAUUGACCUCAUUAAGUAUAUAUUAUAAGUCCCUAAGAAAAAGACGUGACCGAUAAGGCGAUACACACACUGCCAUGGGUGAGCUGAGCGACAAAAUCGCCCCGCGCUGACGCGUCCUCAAUGUGUUUCAGUGUUUAGUUCAUACAUUUGUUACUUGCUACUUGUCUUUGUGGCAAAUGUAUGUAUUCGCAAUAAACAUUAAUCAUAGUGUAAACAGGCCCCAAUGUGAAGGCUAGCCACGGUUACACUUCAGCCUGCCUUUGACCUUAGGGGUCAUCCAUAAUAGUACAUUACGAUACAAGUGCAAAAAAUAGGAAAUUCGAAACGAGUGGCGAUAACUUAAAACACGACCGAAGGGAGUGUUUUAAAUCGACACGAGUUGCGAAUUACCUAUUCGCACAUGUAUUGUACAACGUUUUACAGUACAUAUGGCCCUUUAAAUGUUCGAUACAGUAACGUAAUAUGCUAAUUUUCACACUAGUGCGGUAAAGUAGCACCAUAUGUACUGUAAAUUACAUUACACGAAUGCUGUUUUUUUUUUAACUAUUUAUUCAGCUGAACUAAUACAAAACUUUUCUUAGUGUUUUUCGGAAUAAAAUAUUUUUUUUCUGUAAAUUAUGUUAACGUAAUUAAUUUCAUCGUGUUUGAAAACUACACAACUACAUGUAAGAGGACCUUUAGCUUAAGUGUUUUUCUAACACUUGCACACUUUGAUACCUUGUCGCUCCGCUUGCCUAGAUAGACCGGCGGUGUCAGUGUGUGUACAACCUAUCUAGUGUUAUUUUAUGUUCAUUAAAAGAUGGCUGUUUUUGUAAUAAUGUAAUUAUUUAUUUUCAAAAAUAAGAUUAUGUAUGUACAAAGGUGUCCUUAUAUAUAUUUAAUAGCAUAUUCAUUAAUAAUUACGUAUUGAUUAAUUCCCUCAAAAAGUAGGCCUUGUACCUGCAUGAGAAGUAUUGAAAUUGAAAAAAAAUACGAUUAAAAUUUAAAUUAUAUACUGCAACUGAUUUUUAAGACAAUGCGACGUUCCACGGGUAAAGUUACUUGGCGCUCGGCACUAACGCGUUAUCGACGACGCUCCAAUACUGAUGCGGUUCUACGCCAGGUACCUUCACCGGGGGAACGUCACAUAUUAACACGACCAAAAUAACAGAACGCUUACGCAUGCACUUUAGUUAUUAGGUUUAGUUCAUGUGUCGUUCUCAUAUAAAAGGGGCCUUUGCGGCAGGCAGGCAGAAUAAAAAAAAAAAACAGACAAGUGCUAGUCGGACUUGGAAAUUUGACUUUUAACUUAGAAGCUUGAUUUACACAGCUUCAAGGGACUUUAGACCUAAUAUAUGGUUUUAAUUUCAACUCAAUACUUCCACGCGUUUCUCUAGUAGUCUAGAAUUUUUUUUUUUAAUCCCUCGAUAAAGAGCGGUAAUCGGAACUAUGGGAGUAAAACUUUAACAAAACUGCGGACAUAAAAUACUGCAUACAGCACUAAAAAUAUUAUAUUAUUAUUAUUAUUUAAACUUUAUUGCACAAGUACAAGUAUGACGUACAAUAGGCGGACUUAAUGCCUUGAGGCAUUCUCUACCAGUCAACCACUGGGCCAAACAGAAAUUUGCUAAGGUGGGUGCAGUGUGAAAAAAAUAUUCCAAAAUUAAAUACUAAGUCUAAUACUACUAAGCCAGUAUACAAACUAAUAGGUAAUAUAUAUAAUACUUUUAUAAACUACACAAAUUAUCAUUAUAAAUUCAUAUAUAAAUUAAUAUAAUAAUAAUUAAUAUUCAUGUCUAUAGGGAUAGGAAUAGUAUAGUACUUACAGCCAUAAAAAUAUUUACAUUCAUAGAUAUUCGAAUAUGUUUAAGGCUAUAAGCACUCUUUUUACGUCCGCUUGAUAAGUUUUGUUAAAGUUUUACUCCCAUAGUUCCGAUCACUGAUAGAGUCUUGACAGAGAGACAAGUAAUACUGCUAGGGUUCCGUUUUUUCCUUUUUUGGGUAGGGAACCCUAAAAUGCCGCCUGUGACGGUCCAUUUUCCAUAUGAGAACGUCACAUGAUUACUAUAAGUAGAAUUUUAGUUGUAUUUGUUGGUUAGUUUUAACCAUGGUUUAACGUAGAUCUCAAGCGGUGUCACCCGCGCUACUUGACAGUGUUUUUGACACCAACCGACGUUCAGAUCUAUCUUGAACAAGGUUUGAGAUUCCAAAUGGUUCUUGAUUAUUCAUAAUUCUGACAUUUUUGAUUGAAAUAUUUUUGACGAAAGCUUGAACUCUGAAUCAAUAUAUUAUUAUUAUAUACUUGUUUUUUGUUAAAAUUAAGUUAAGUUUGUUAGAAGUGGCCAAUGACUAUAGCAGUCACCCUAUCUGGGGCGCGCACGGCCGUCCGCUCAGUGCUCAGCGAACUGACUACAUCUUUAGAAAAUAUCAACCCAAUUGACGCAACAAGGAAA